CGAAUGACAAGUCAAGAAAACAUUUGAAUUCAGCCGGUGAUAUCCUGGUGUCAUUGAUAUAUGGUUGGCUUAUCUCGGAUACCGCCAAGAUAGCAAGUUGACAGACUAAGACAAAAGGAAGGAAUCCCUAAAGAGAGAGCAGAAUCAAAGCCUAGACAAAGAUCGAAAGACGUAAACACCCUCAAGCAAGAGCUGAAGCGGAACCCACAGAUAUGACCAACAUGAAUCCAGAAAGCGAACCGUCGUCGUCAACAGCAAGAGACUCGACUGGAAACUCAGCUACCCUAACACUGAACAUGUUCGCAGCCCUCGUGUUACAGAUUGAACAGCUCCAUUCUCGCAUUAAACUACUAGAGUAGACAGUUUUAUGUUCACCCCAAUCACAAGAGGACGAAAUACACUCAGAACUUACGGAGCCCGGGUCCCAAUCACAGUAUCUACAGCACACCCCCUCGAGAUGAACAAAACCUACAGAAUCAGAUAGAAAGGGCCGAUGACAUUGGCUUUGCCGUAGACCUGAGCCGGAGCAUCCCGACUUUUGAUGGAAAAGACGCAUAUAAGACUUUACUCACCUUCAUCGCGAAAAUUGGACUGUAUCUUGGAUACACAAAAACCAUUCGCCGGAAGGGCAAGUGCUCAUAGCAGCGUCAAAACUUGUUGGUACAGCACACCACAAGUGGCUAGUAUAUCAACACGACCAUCCGUACAACGUCGUCGAUUGGGUAACCUUCAGAGAUUGCUUUCUUAAGCCGAGCUUCAUCAAGCCCAGUGAGAAUGUGGUACUAUGUACCAAGCAAAAGAAUAUCAAAGAACCCAGCUUCCGCGAUAUUGCUACGUUUAAAGUCAUGCUUGAAGAAACCAGAAUAAGCAUAACUGACCUUUCUGACUAUGAUGCGAGAGAGAUCUACUUGGACGCGCUUACUCCAGAAACACAGGAAAGAGUAGUACUAUCUCUUGGGAUGACGCCCAUACGCGAAAUCCCUCUCGAACGCCUAGCUCACGUUUUGCAGCUAAUCGUAACCCUACAAGCACCACAGUGUCGUAACAAACUAAAAGGCAUCAGACAAGAAGACUUCGGCGACUUUUGUAUGUUUCAUCGCACGUUUGAAGAAACCAGAUUGAGCCUAACUGGCAUUUCGGACUAUCAUGCGAGAGAGAUCUACCGGGAUGCCCUUACCUUAGAAACAUACAUUCUUGCAAUAUUAUCUCUUGAGAAUGCGCACACGUAUCAAUUAGAUCUCGAAACCCUACAAUCCCUCGUUUUGGAGCUGGUCAGAGACCCACAAGAAUUCGACGCCAUGUCAAAACUAGCACGAGGACAAUACGGUAAAGGCCGAUCCUUCAAAGCCAAAAAGCACAAACAACUGCGUACAGAAGGAAGGAAUAUGAGCCUAGGGGGUCUAGUGCUAGAAGCAGGGCCACUGUAGGAGAUCGCGUCCUGUCAUACUUGCGAAAGAAAAAGUCAUAGCAGAAGCUAAUCAACGAGAAUGCGAACACGAUCGUUGCUUGGGCCACAAACAGUAACAUUAACAAUACCGCACUGCCUGCUUCAAACAUAUGGCUCGCCGCAGCUGCACACAUCUCAGAUCGAUCAAAACCACAUCGCUGUUAGACACCAGUACCAUCGUGGCUCAUUGACUUAAACAAAAGAUUCUGUCAAACACAUCGUCAGCUAAAUUGAUCGCGGAUACCCUCACCACGCCCUUACCAAAGCCACGCUCGGACAUCGUCUUGCCAUGAAUGUCGUUUCUGUCUUAGUUAUAGACGCUAGAAUAGUAUGUAGAAAGGUUUUCGAGCGGUCUUAAGGGGUGUUGAGGCAACAUUACGUAGACCUUAGAGCAGCUGUCGCCCAUAGUUGACCGUCUUUCUUGAGAACGCCCGAAAUAGAAUACAUUAUGGAA